CCUUCUUUCCUUUAACUCCCCAUAGAGUUUAUUUCUCCAUACGUUUUAGAAUACUGCCAUCUUGUUUGCUUGCAAAUGAAUUAUAGAACAAUUUACCUGUACAAGAACAAAAUCUUCAUGUUCAAAUCUGCAAUGUUCCAACCGACACAACAUUUUUACACACGUAUAAAAACCAUAACCCACAAUCUUCAUCAUUCCUUAAACACUUGUCACAUCAAAUAGCAUAUAAUAAUAAUACUUAAAGACUUAAAGUCACGUAACAUGACUAUGUCGUGUUCCGCCCCCGGAAACGGUUUUCAGUCCAACUCCACGGUGGCGACGAUGUUGGGGCGGAGGAGGAUUCCGAUACACACAUCGUUCUAUUGGGGACACAAAACGGUCAUAUUAUUCCGUUGCUGGCCCGGCGACAGCGCCGGCAUGUACGCGGUGGCGUUGAUUCUCGUUUUCGUCAUGGCGGUUUUGGUGGAGUGGCUUUCGUUUACUAACAUUGUGAAACUCAAACCUGGGAGUUCAAACGACGUUGUUGGGUCGCUUCUUAGGACGGGACUGUACGGUGUUCGUACUGGAUUCUCGUACUUGGUUAUGUUGGCGGUUAUGUCGUUUAAUGGUGGCGUGUUUCUCGCCGCGAUUUUCGGACAUGUUAUUGGGUUUAUGGUUUUUGGUACUAUGGCUAUUUUGAAGAAAUCGGGUGGGUUGGAUUCUGCCAAACAGUAGUGUUUGUUUGAUGCAUUGUAAAACGGUGCGUUUUUUACUUUGCUGUAUACUUGUGUUUUUGUGACAUAUUACAAAUAAUAAAGUUCUUUGUUG